CUUUUUUGUAGGUUAUUUUUUUAUUGUUUUUCUAUUUUUUUAUGAAAUAAAAGUUAUUAAUGGCAUUCAAAAAGAAGUCAAAACCACCUCCAAAGUUAACAAGGAAACAACAGCGAAAAGAGAAACGAAAAGAAAAGAAAUCGCGAAGGAAUGAUUUCUUUUCUAAGAAAAAUUUACAGCCUGGUGCUCUAGUGAGAAAUCCCGAUAGAGUUACAGAUCAAAAUGAUAGUCAAACUGAUUUAAUAGUCCCCACCGAGAAUCAUGAAAAAAAUAACAAAGAAAGCGUCAAUCAUGGGGGUCACAAUAAGGAAAUUAGUACUGAACAACUACGGAAAAAAGAAAAAAAGGAACAAAAGAGAAUUGAAGCUGAUAUGAAAAAGCAAAGAAGCAAACAGCUUGUAGAAGCCAAUAAAGAGGAAGAUAAAAUAAUUAGGCUAAUGGAAAAACAGCUAGGAUUAAAGAAACGCAAAUCAAAAGCUAUACCUAAAGGCUUUACAGAAGAUGGUUUAGACUAUUUAUUAGAGGUUGUUGACCCGGAGUAUCUGAAACAUGGUGUAGCUGCUGAACAAGGUUUUGAACAAGCAAAUAAUGAUUUUGAAGAAGAUUUUGCACUAAUGACAGACAAACCAAAAAAGAAAGAUCCCAAAAUCUCUUUACCAAAGAGUAAAAAGACCAAAGUCAGUGUUAAAGCUAAAGAAAUUAGCGAAGAUGAUGAAGAAGCAAGUGAAGAACUAGAAGAAAAUAGUGCAGAAUUAGAAGAAACUGAAGAGGUAGAUGAAGAAUCAGAGAAUAGUGAUGCCAGUGAAGAAUUUGAUGAUCCUGAACUUAUGAGUGAUAGUGAAGAUGAUGACAAUAAUGAUAUAAAUGAAGAAUUUGAAGAUGAUGAUGUAGAGAGUGAUGGAGAUGAUAUUGAAGAUGAAGAAGACAUCGAAUUUGAAGCUAUCCGCAACAAAAAUAAAAGCAAAAAGAGAAAAUUGGAGGAAGAUGUAGUACCCAAUAAAAAGAAGAAAAAUAUGGUAUUAGCAGAUGGUUCUAAUAGUGAAAAUGAUGAAAGUGAUGGAAAUAAUGAUAAUUUUGAUGCUGUUGAUACAAAUGAAAUCGACCUGGAAGGUCAAGAACUAUCAGAUGGUGACGAUGGCAGUUAUAAUGAGGAUGAUUCUGAUUCUGGAGAAAAAGAUGUCCAUAAAGGUGCUGCUAAACAGUUUCCAGAUGGUACUUGGGAAGAUAUAUAUGGUAGACUGAGAGGAAAAGAUGGAUCUAUUAUUACAAAUAAAUCGGAGUCCAAAUAUGUACCACCUGCAUUGAGGGCAAAGGAAAAUGAUAAAAAAAGAACAGAACAGUUAAAUCGACUAAGAAAACAAUUGAAAGGUUUAAUAAACAGAUUGGCGGAAAGCAACAUGCACAGCAUAGCAUCUCAAAUCGAAGAUCUGUACAUGAACAACAGUAGAAACGAUAUGAAUGAUACUUUAACAAACCUAAUGAUGGAAUCACUGGUAGCCGAAGUACUAACUCCGGAAAGGCUGAUGAUUGAGCAUGUGGUUCUUCUUAUUGUACUUCACGCUAAUGUUGGAACAGAAGUUGGUGCCCAUUUCUUGCAGCACAUAGCCAAAAAAUUUGACGAAAAUUUCAACAGUGACCAGGAAGUUGAAAAUAAAACAUUGGAUAAUCUAGUGUGUAUAAUAGCUCAACUAUAUAACUUUAAAUUGUUCGAUUCGAGAUUGGUAUACGAGGUGUUGCAAAAACUGGCCUAUAACUUCAAGGAAAAAGAUGUAGAAUGUAUUUUACAUAUUUUGAGGAGUAUCGGUUUCAGUUUGAGGAAAGACGACCCUUUGGCUCUGAAAAAUUUGAUUUUGGAGCUUCAGAACAAAGCGAAUAAUAUUUCUGAAAAAGAGAAAGAUAAUUCGCGAGUGAAGUUCAUGUUGGACAUUCUAUUGGCGAUCAAGAACAAUAACAUGAGCAAGAUUCCUAACUAUGACGUAUCAUAUUCGGAACAUUUAAAGAAAGUUAUGAAGGGGUUUAUACGGAAAGGGAACUACGUGACGGAGUUGAAUAUUUCGUUGGAAGAUUUGUUAAAAGCUGAUCAAAGAGGAAGAUGGUGGGUUGUGGGUUCUGCUUGGACGGGAACAGAAACGGAAAAUCAAACGAAUAUUGACAAACCUGAAAAAUCCGAAGGAUUUUCAUCUAAAUUGUUAGAGUUAGCAAGAAAGCAGAGGAUGAACACUGACGUUAGAAGAAAUAUCUUUUGUAUACUUAUGUCUGCUGAGGAUUAUAUGGAUGCAUUCGAGAGACUUCUGAAACUUGGCCUUAAAAAUACACAAGAAAGGGAAAUAAUUAACGUCAUAUUGCAUUGCUGUCUUCAAGAAAAGCAAUACAAUCCUUAUUAUGGGCAUUUAGCUCAGAGAUUUUGUGAUCUCGAUAGGAAAUAUCAGCUUACAAUAAAAUACUCGAUUUGGGAUAAAAUUAAAACCAUAAGCGACCAUUCUGGAUCUCAACUAUCUAAUUUAGCGAAAUUAUUAAUUCAUCUUUUCAUAGAAAAAGGCCUUCCAAUAUCCACUUUAAAGGUGAUGCAAUUCAGCGAAUUAGACAAGAUGACUCUACGUUUUACCAGACAGAUCUUGCUAGGAAUUCUGUUACACAAAGACGUAGAAGCUUCUUUAUCAGUAUUCGCCAGAGUGUCGCAGUCAGAAAAGUUAAAAUUGUUCAGAGAAAGCAUGCGAUUAUUUAUUCAUCACUUCCUUCUACGAAAUCUUAAAACCGAUAAAGUACCUGAAGAUCAAAAGAUGUUACUCGAAAGUAGGGCCAAGAUGGUGGAGAAGGUUUUAGCUUCUAAGGAAGUCAGAGUGAGCUAGCAUUAAAAAAUAAAGUCUGUGAUUUUAUA